AAAUAACAUGCUAUAACAAAUACAAAAAUAUGUAUUUAAACUAGCAUAAAUAAAACGCUUAGUUUGUGCAUGUAGACUAUUUGCAUCACCGGUGUUUUGGUGAUUAGCUCAUUGCGUCGACCGAGCAGCAUCAUCAUCAGACUACGGAAGUCACAGCUUUGCUCAAAGACUUGUACGAGCACGUUUCUUGUACGCUUAUUCCCGGUUUCGCCCCUUGUGCUGUGUGUUUUCUUGAGUAUAACUAGCUAUUUGUAACUAUGGCGAAGGUGGAUACCUCCUCUAGCAGACCUUAUCACAUUGUUAUUUUCGGGGCUUCGGGUUUCACCGGGCAGUUCGUGGUUGAAGAGGUGGCCAGGAUCGUGUCGGAGGGCCCGAAUGGGACACUGAAAUGGGCUGUGGCUGGGAGAAGCAGACAGAAACUGGACAAAGUUCUAGAGCAGGCCGCCGGAGCCCUCGGUAAGCCAGAGCUGAGGACUGCGGUGGAGGUCAUUGUGGCUGAUGUGGGAGAGCCUGAUUCUCUGGCCGCCAUGUGCAAACAGGCUGUUAUUGUUCUCAACUGUGUGGGGCCAUACAGGUUCUGGGGUGAGCCUGUGGUGAAGGCAUGUGUGGAGAACAGCGCACACUGCAUUGACAUCUGUGGAGAACCCCAGUUCCUAGAGAGUAUGCAGUUGAAUUACAACAGCCAGGCAGCUGAUAAGGGAGUGUACAUCGUCGGGGCUUGUGGCUUUGACUCCAUACCUGCAGACAUGGGAGUCCUCUACACCAGGGAACAAUUCAAAGGGACACUUACAGCUGUGGAGAGCUUCCUGACAGCCAGCACAGGACCUGAGGGUGGAUCUAUCAAUGACGGGACAUGGAAGUCUGCCAUCUAUGGUUUUGCUGACAGCGGGAAGCUGCGGAGCCUCAGGAAGAAGUUUGGACACAAACCUCUCCCUGUGGUGGGCUCAAAGAUCAAACGCAGGAGUGCCCUGUUCUAUAGUAAUGAGGUUCAGCAGUAUGCAGUCCCGUUCAUGGGAGCCGACCCCUCGGUGGUGAAGAGAUCUCAACGCUUUCUACUGGAGGAACACCAGGAAACACCUGUCCAGUAUGGUGCAUAUGCAGGAGUAGGAGGUGUGGCCAACAUCGCCAAGAUGCUAUUUGCCGGGAUGAUGUUCUGGUUCCUGGUCAAAUUCGACUUUGGACGAAACCUGCUGAUUAAGUUUCCAGAGUUUUUCUCCUUUGGUUUCUUCUCCAAGGAUGGACCAACCAGAAAGCAGAUGGAGGGUUCAUCCUUCCAGUUUGCGUUCUAUGGAGAGGGCUACACUGAGGGACAGGACCCCAGCCAGGGACGACCCAACGCUAAGAUCCGCACACUAGUCCAAGGACCAGAGGCAGGCUACGUGGCCACGCCCAUCGCCAUGGUACAGGCUGCCAUCACCAUCCUGAACGAACCCACAGCCCUCCCCAAGAGGGGUGGUGUGUACACCCCAGGAGCAGCUUUUUCCAGAACCACGCUGGUGGAGCGCCUCAACAAACAUGGCAUCCAGUUCUCUGUCAUAUAAUGUGUGACCUCCUCUGACCUGACCCUUUACCCCAGGUCAUCAGUAUUGGCACUCCACUGGUGUUCUCACUAAUGGUCAUGCUGCAAAGAGAAAAUUGGCUACGUCAGCAACAUCUUAAUUAGGCUGAAGGUUACGUUUGUCCUUCCUUCUACCUUUGCAGCAUGGCCUGAUAAGGACCACCCUCUGUCUGACUGGGACUGUAGAGUCUUUUAUGAGACCGUUACUUUAUUGUCAAAUAAUGUCGCCUCGGCUUUAAUAAACUCUCCAGCGGUUGUGCAGUUUGUGUAGAGUAGGAUACAAAUGCCUCCUCUCCCCUGUGUGUGGUGGGUGUUCCAUGCCUGUGUGUGUGUGGUGGGUGUUCCAUGCCUGUGUGUGUGUGUGUGUGUUGUGCGUUUCAUGCCCGUAAGCGUGCUGGUGUGUACCUGUGUUUUUCUUUGCAUUGUUAUGGAUGUUCCGGUAAGUUCUAUGUCCUUUCUCUGUUUACUUUUCAAGCACAUCGUCAGAAACCUUGUUUCAAGAGAAUCAGCACUUAUGAACGGUUUCAGAAAUUCUUCAUUUGUGAACCAUAAUGUGCAGUAAUCCAACAGUUUUGCUCGAUCUGUUUUUAAGGAAUGUGCAGCAACAUUACUUACCUGAGAUUGACAAAGCAGUGCUUGUUUGAGUUCAAAACACACAGAAAGAUGGAGUGACGUGGCUUCUCUGUGUUUCACUGAUUUAUGCGUGUGUGUGUGUUGGGGCAGGUUUUGUCCUUGUUCUGUUUGCCUGCUAGGGCUAUAGUUCUUCUCUACCUGACUGAAUAAAACCAAGACUACUGAAGUCAA